UUCUGAUUAUGCGCAGAGUUUCCUUGUACUGAGCUUAUGUUCUCCACCCACUACUUAGUAAGAACUCCUUAACAACUUAAAGCUUUAUCCCUGUGAGUACCAGAAAAGUGAUCUGAGUAUUUAUUGAGCAGGGAAAACAAACUGCUUGCUCCAGGCAGAGAGAAAGCUUAUGGAAAUGAUAUUAGACCUUCAGUAAAGUGCACAGCUGCAUCAUACAGAAGCUGAGACUCAAACUGACAGGCAAAUAAGCCAGAUCACGGAAGGGGCCUCUGUGUGGCAGCUCUGAGCUACCAAGUGUUGGACAACUAGGCAAAAAGUGCAGUGGAACAGGGCAGAAAAUAACACACUAACUUCAGGCAACUGUUGCUUAUUCAUGGACUGGAAAGAAACGUUUUCCAUAGAUGUCAGCUUCUGUCUGCUGUGAUGCUCCAGUCUGAGUGAUGCCACGUUCAGCACUGAGUAGUACUGGCAAAGGAGAGCAGCUUCUCACAAUGAGGUGUACAGCUGCCAUUCCAGGUGCACAGCUGCCAUUCCAUCUCACAGCAGGACUGUGUUUGCUGCUCCACAAGCUGCAGGUUUCUUUUACAAUGUGUUCUGCUCCAGCCAGUGAAUUUUGUUUAACUAACCAGCUGAACGGUUUCCCGAAGAGCUCUGAGUUUUCUAUGCCAGAUUCUGCUCCAGUGGCUAGGACCUUUAUGGCUGCUGUUUCUUUUGCUCUGGGAUCUCAUGGAGGAAAAAAAAAAAAAGCCACGAUGGAUCCUGUCCCUAAAGUAGAAAUUUUCUUUUUCAUUCUGCAAACAAGGCUAAAGAUCGGAGGAGAAUGAAUGCAAAAGUAAUUCAGGAUUGUGGUCGUGCCAUUAAAAGUGUUCGGCUUCAGAACAAAAUUAUUUGGGAAAUCCGAGCAAUUCUUCUUACUGUAUCGACAGUAUUUGAAAGUUAUGUGUGCUUUGAGUAAUCUGGUUCAAGUGACAACAAUCUCUGCAUGUCAAUGUUUUCUGCAGCUUAUGGAGUGAAGGCUAGUUUUGCCAUUGGAAAGGAAGAAGCUUUUUCUAGCAGUCUGUAGAAGGAUUAAAUGUUGAACGGGGGGAAGAGGCAAAAAGUGAAUACACGCCCAAAGGUUAUCCUUGCAUCGUGAAUGGGUUUAAAGUACUCUGUAACCCAGGGCCCACCUGAACAGUAGGAUACCGGGGAAAUAUUUCAAUUAGAAGCCCCUUAACAAGCAUUUAAUCCUUCUUUCAGGCAUUAAGGAAAUAGAAUAAAAUUGUUACUGUACAAAUCUGCUGGAAGCAGAUUUUAACCCAUUUGUAGACGCUUCCCUCUGAUGUACUAUAGUAACACAGCUACUUGUGAGACAAGGCAGUGAAGAUUUUUAUCCUGUGUUCUUUGUUUUUUUCUUUUCAAAAGUUAAGGACCAGACUCUCAGAAAAGUCUGUUCGGUCAGCUGAUACAUUGUUCGAAUGUAUGUAUGCAUCUUGCCUGCUUAUUUGAUCUUUUCUGCCCCCUACUUGAAACUGUGGUUUGUUUAUUUGGGGGGAAGGAGGUGGUGUUGAUUGGGUGGGGAGACGGGACAUUGGUUUUAGGGCUUCUUUUGGGUUUGGGUUUUCUUUCUAUUUAACAAUAGCAGUGAAAGUUUGGUGACAGCGAUUAUGACUACUAAACAAUUCAGUUUAUUGGAAGACGAAUUCUUCUGGAUCAUAUCGGACUUUUCCUAGUCCCUGAGACCCUAACUUGUGAGGUUUUUUAGCAACAAUCACAAGUCAGGCUCUUGGGACCUAGGCGGAGGGGAACCAGCAGCUUUGGACUUUGUUUGUUUCUCUGCAGAAUUUAGAGAACCAAAGGAGCUUUCCUUGCCUGGAAGGGUAAAAAGGAAAAUAUACCUAUUUUAAAUGUUAAGCAUCAGAACUGUUCCUAAAAAAAAAAAAAGAAAAAAAAAUCCAAACUGUUACUCAUUAUGCAGCAUAAGGAUGUUACAUAUUUAUAUGUUUAGAAAACUGGACUAGAUGUCAUGUAGCAUUUAGAAUUAUAAUCUAACCUGAAUGUUAGUUUGCACGUAAAAAUUCCCCCAAACAACAAAAACAAAAAAAAAACUCCCACUCAAAACAGAUACUAAAAUACUUCCAACCAUAAUAUUAAUACUAUUAUUAUUAUUAUUGUAGACAAUUCUGAUAAAUAAUUACCACAAAGUAUAUACUCAACCUAACUGUUCAAGCAUUAAUUGACUUUUAAAACAUAAAACAUAAAUACUGAUGUUUGAGGCCUAGAAAACAUUCAUUCUAUUGUUUGAAUAAUGAUUUCAGUCUACAGGAAAACUGUUGCUUAGCUUUUCCUGUAACAUGGAACAAAGAGUAUUUUGUAUUUAGUUGCCAUCCUUUUUCUUUGUCCAAGUGAGAACACAAUAUGUCAUUUAAAAUAUUCUGUCAUUUAAUUUACAUUUUAAUCUGAAAGAGAAUAUUGGUUUAAAAAUCAUACUACAGUAUUAACAUCCCUUUACACUCAGAAACGUAUUUCUUGUACCUGUUCAAUUUGAAGCGAACCCACAAUACUCUAAGCACUGGACUCAACUUGUAACUUCCCCAUCACUUCUUAUAUUUUUUAUCCCUCUGAAAAAAAACAGUGUGAGCUGUAGCUUGUCUCUCAUGUGUUAAGUUCUGCACUGACUUUGCAUAAGGAGAUUCACAAGCACAUGAGUUAUUCUGCACUGCUUAUUUGCCUCAAACAUCUGAUCUAAAACACAUCACCUGAUUUGUAUUUCUUAAUAUUUUAUAGGUGAGUUAGUUCUGAGUCAUUUUUCUCUGUUUCCUGUAUCUAACCAAGAUGCUGAAGGACUUUGUUGGUACAUCAGACUUCACUGAAACAAAGGCUUCACACAGAUCAGGCAUCUAAACUAUUUGUUAAUUUCAAAAGUGGUAUUUUGGUUGCAGUAUAUUUUUUCCACUUGUGUGGGAGGAAUUGUGUUUUAUUGUAAGCAUCAACACUAUUGUUAAAAUAAAUUGUUCUUAUCUGUUAGUAUAA